AUGCCUACUAUAACUAGUUAUUCCGGUUUUCUACUGGCUGCUUCAACUAUAACCUCAGCUUUAUUGAUUGGCCUGAACAAGAUACGACUUAUUUGA